UUUACUGGAUUAUGCAGGGAUUCCAUUGCUGUGUGUGGUUAUUUCAGGCGCUGUACAUUAUCGGUCUGUUCUACAGUAUCGAUAUAAGCUGUGCGAAAAUAAGCGAUUUGACACCAAGGGUGAUUAAUAACACUGCAAAAAGGUCGCCUGUGUAUUCUCGGCUAAACGACAGUGAAUACUCUCUUUCUGUGGUAAAAAAGGCUGCAAAGAACCUCGUUGAUAAAAGUGCCGAGACUCCUCUUACAACUUCUUUAUGUGCCACUUCGGUUCUGUUGUCUGCUCCAAUAUGGCUAGGUUGGUUUCCAGCUGAGCCAUCUAAAUCCAAAUCUACGGGUUACCUAUUGGGUUGCACUUAUUCAUUAGCUGGUGCCCUGGUUAUACCUGAGUUCAACAAAACCAAUGCUAUCAAUCUGGUCAGCUUCUACGUGCUUCUUAGGGAGAUUGAGCAGAGGAAUGGAAUGCAAUAUUUGCUCAAGCAUAUUACAGGCAACUUCAUUGGCAUAAGCAUUUUAUCUAGGAAUUUUGGAAAUCCUCCGGAUUUGUAUCUACUUUCACGGUCGAUUACAGUUAGCCAUGCCUUUUCUCAUCCUUUCCAAACUGUAGGACUAUAUGGUAUCCUAUUACUCAAACAGUGGCAGCUUCCCCUUGUCUUACUGUUAAUAGACUCCUUGUUCACAUUAAAGUCAGGAGAAUUUAUCGAAGGUGCCAAGGCUACAGUUGCUGGUGCAAUGACUCAUGUGAUAAGCAAAUACGUCUAAAAUUA